UAUGCCGUGAAACAAAAGUGUUCUUAAAACAUAAACAAAAUGAGUGAUCCAGACAAACCUGAACCUUUGCCCCGAAGCAGGAGACUGGCCGCGGUCAUCGGCAGUGUCACAAAAAAGGGAUCCCACUUAAAUAGUCCAAUCAAAUCAGUACCAAGUACACUACUGAUAGUAGUGCUAGGCGUAUAUUUACUGUUGGGCUACUUGACACAGCUGGUUGAAGACGCCAUGCCUUCAGUUGUCCUCGACAAAGAUGUUUCUGUUGAUGACUCCUCCAAAUUCAGCGAGGACGCAGCUCUUAAAUACUUGACGCGUAUAGUAGGAGAUGAACCGAGAGUAUCAGGCACGCCAUACCACCUGAACAAGACUAAAGAUUUGAAGUUCAUGCUUGACGAGAUCGCAAGCAAAGCCCAUCAGAAAGUACAGACUGACUGGCAAAUUGCCACUGGUGAUUAUUUCCAUAAAUCAAGUUCGUCAUUUUACAAUGUAUAUGAGAACGCGUCAAAUAUCGUCGCCUUACUUGAGGGAGAGAGUGGAUUCCUUUCUAAUGGCAGCCUAGGGAGCUCCAUACUGGUGAACUGCCAUUACGAUUCUGUACCUUUUGCUCUUGGAGCGUCGGAUAACGCUGUGUUCUGCGCAAUAAUGGCGGAAUCCUUGAACCGACUCUCGCGCAGUAAACAGAAACUCAAGCACAAUAUACUGUUCCUAUUCAAUGGAGCUGAGGAAAAUGGAUUGCAGGCAAGCCACGCGUUCCUGCAGCAUCCAUGGGCGAGGGGCGCCGUCGCCGUAAUCAACUUGGACGCAGCGGGGAUGAACGGCAAACCUACAGUAUUCCAGGUGACAGACCCUCGCGUACUGGAAGCAUACCACCGCUCCGCGCCGCAACCCAACGCCCAAGGAAUGGCAGAGUUCAUAUUCUCCAACGGAAUCAUACCUUCCGAUACCGAUUUCAGGAUAUGGAGGGACUUCGGGAAUAUACAAGGCAUAGACAUAGCGUUUGUGAAGUGGGCUAGUGUAUACCACACGCGCAACGACAAGCCCGAGCUACUGCAGCCCGGCGUACUGCAGGGCGCCGGCGACAUGAUGCUGGCCCUGCUCGCCGAGACCGCUUCCAUGGACGAACUGAGUAACAAGAUUGAGCCUUCAGCGGCGGUGUACUACGACUACUUGAACGUGUUUUUGGUGAAUUACUCGCUGUUCGGAUCUUACUUCGUAGAUGUUCUGAUAGCAUUGCUGGGGCUCACCAGCGUCACCUACUACAUAUGGAUCGUUGGGUUCAGGUGGUCGACAGUGACGAAACUAUUGCUGAGUGCGUUCAGUCGCGUGAUAGCUAUGGUGGUUGGUGCGGCCGUCGUACUGGUACUCACGCUUAUUAUGAUGGCUACCACUGUGCAAUUAAGGUACCUGUCUGAGCCCUGGCUGGUGGUACCUUUGUACUGGGUGCCGUACCUCAUCGUAGCCGUGGCAGUCUCCCAGGCAUUCGACGCUUACACCUUCAAGACGACAGGGUUGAGUCGGUCCCUCCGCUGCGCGCAAGGCAUGGCGGCGACCCGGCUGCUGGUGUCUGCCACCCUGCUAGUGUUGUGCUGCGUGCCCCCCCUCACGUCGCUGCGGUACAUCUUCAGCGCGCCACUCUUCAUCAUGGCCUUCACAUCACUAGCCUCCCUCACCGUACUCAGAUUUGUACCGCUAAGAGGUUGGCAACACCUCCUGAUGGAACUAGUCCUAUCGCUGCCAUCGUCCAUGCUGACUCUGUCGCUGGCGCUCCGCCUGGACGCGCAGAUACUGCCCGUCAUGGGACGCUCCGCUGGAGACAAGCCUGAUCUCACCGUCGCCAUGAUUAACCUGGCGCUAGUUAUACUCGUGUCUUGCACUGUUUCGGGCAUAGAAUUGUUGUUCUCUCGCAAGUUCCUGUGGCUGGUUCUAUCUACAGUGGGCGUGGCCUGUGUCGUACUAAUGUUCAUACCAUUCUCGCCCUACGACGAAAAUGGCAUCGCUCUACAGAGGCAUUACUGGUUUCAUUCACAAAUAUCUACAUAUGACAUCUCGGGCCAGUUAGUGCACUCCACUUCAGGGAUAGUGGUAACGAAACACGACGCUUACUCUGCACCCCGGGUACGGAGCGCCCUGUCUGCCGCGGGAUACAACCUUGAAUCCAGAACAGACUUCAGUGAGGAUUGCGAGAAGCAAGUCUUCUGUGGUCUACCACUGUUCAGGACUGGUUUUUCGAGAUUUUUAAAGGAUGCGAUGUUCUUGUACACGGGUCCGCCAGACCGCUUCGACCCGCCGGCCUCAACGAGAGUAGCGAACAGAUCUUGUGCCGGGGACCAGUGCACAUAUAGCUUCGUUUUUACUGGAGCUCACCACAACAUGAUAACUCUAUGGCCAUGUGCCAACGUGACCAUCUCGUCAUGGUCCCUGACCUCAGCGCCGGAGCCAAGCGCGGACGCCCUGCAGCGUCCUGUAUACGUCAUUUAUCACUCGGCUGCAACAUACUUCGGGGAUUCCAUUGAUUUCCACCUCGAUGUCACUUUUAAUGUCCCCCCAUCACUGCAGUGGCAGCCAAUAGUGGAAGUCUCCCACCACUCCCACAAGAUCUACCACCCCGAGCAGAUGACAGCCGAGUACCGCGCCAUAUUGGAAGCUAUGCCAAAAUACUUCAAUGUUGCCACGUUUUUAAGUUUUCGAAAUAAUUAUGUCUUUUAGUUUAACUAGUACCUAAGUCGUGUGUCCUUUAAAAGGCUAUAGAAAUUCGGAUUUUUAACUUUAUUAUUUUGUGAAAUAAAGUCGAAAAUUCAAUGAAUAAUUAAGAAAUUGGAUAGAUUUUAGAUUAAUAAUGAUCACCAAAUCUGUCAGUUAGAAGCGAUUUAUGUGUAUCAAUAAUAAAGCUCGAAGCAAGAAACAACGAGGUGGUUUUUAGCCAGUAAGAGUCUCCUAAGGUGGGAGAAAUUACCUAUAUAGAUUAUUUUUCUUCCUCAAAAAAGGGAUUCCGAACUUCGUCUUAUGCAGUGAUGGAUAUGUGUUCUCUUUGUAAAUGCAUAGCGAAUAAUAAUCGUGAUCAUCCACGUAGGUAAUUGAAAAUAGUAACUUACUCUGGUGAUUCCAUCGUCAAAGCACUGCUUCAAGUCACAACGGGGCUCUUUCAUGAGCAGCGUGCGACUGGAUACUGUAAUUGUUAUCGCCUAUGCGGGAACUUCUAUU